AUAAAUAAGAAUCUUACACUGUUAAUUAAUUAAUUGCUCAAUAAGCUACAAGCUUACAAAUUAAACGGCGAGGCGUUGACCCAAAGAAGAAGCCACCUGCAGUGACAGGCACAGAAAGGAAGGAGAACGAAGAGAAGCCUGAAAUGAAGCAGCAACUGACAGAACUCCUCGUGGCCCGACUGCAAGAACAGCCUUCUAUUCCUCAAUCUGAUCCUGUUCCUUCCUUUCAUAUCACAUAUCUAUACGUAGGCCACUUCUUGGCCAGAUGGGGUACCAGAAUGUGGGAUUUCUCUGUUGGUAUAUAUGGUGCAGUAGAAUCAGCUUCUACUGCACUUUUUGGACCCAUUAUUGGACAUUGGGUGGAUAGAUUUCCAUAUGUAAAGGUUCUCCGAAUUUGGCUGCUGACACAGAACCUCUCUUUUGUGAUUGCGGGAGGCACCGUGCUGGCAUUACUGGUCUAUGCAGAUUUGAGGCUCACAAACUUUUUUGCAUUUGUCUUUCUCAUAAUCUUAACCAACAUCUCAGGAGCUGUUGGAGUUCUUUCUACUCUUGCUGGUACCAUCUUAGUGGAAAGAGACUGGGCGGUGGUGAUAUCAGAAGGGCAUUCUCCAGAAGUACUGACAAAGAUUAAUUCAGUCAUGAGGCGUAUUGAUCUGUUCUGCAAGCUCUGUGCUCCUGUCCUAACCGGAUUAAUUAUGUCACGCCCCGAAUUUUGA